AUGCAACUCACAAACCCUCUCGUCCUGCUCCUCUUGGCUGCCCUUCCGGCUGCCGUCAACGCCAGCAUCGCUAUUGGCAACCAGAUCAGGGCAGGCGGCGACCACUAUAACGUCGCCUGGACCGAGGGCGUCGACGCAUGCAACAACGACGUCGCCAUUGCCCCGGAAAGCGAGAAUAUGUGUGGGAGCGAGAACACGUUCGAGGUCGACGGCAACGAGUACUACCUCAGUGACUGCUUGGAUCCUGACACCGGGUACGCGCAGAAGCCUGCCAGGCUCAUGCAUGGGGACGGUACAUACUUUGGGACAUGCGGAGAGGCUUACUACCACAUUAAUUGCAAGGGAACUACACACGAUGUUAUCAAGCGCUAUAUCUGUGGGUAA